AUGGGUGGUUGCGCGGCUCUAUGCCUGUGUGGAUGGGUGGUUGCGCGGCUCUAUGCCUGUGUGGAUGGGUGGUUGCGUGGCUCUAUGCCUGUGUGGAUGGGUGGUUGCGUGGCUCUAUGCCUGUGUGGAUGGGUGGUUGCGCGGCUCUAUGCCUGUGUGGAUGGGUGGUUGCGUGGCUCUAUGCCUGUGUGGAUGGGUGGUUGUGUGGCUCUAUGCCUGUGUGGAUGGGUGGUUGCGCGGCUCUAUGCCUGUGUGGAUGGUUGGUUGUGUGGCUCUAUGCCUGUGUGGAUGGGUGGUUGUGUGGCUCUAUGCCUGUGUGGAUGGUUGGUUGUGUGGCUCUAUGCCUGUGUGGAUGGGUGGUUGCGUGGCUCUAUGCCUGUGUGGAUGGGUGGUUGUGUGGCUCUAUGCCUGUGUGGAUGGGUGGUUGCGUGGCUCUAUGCCUGUGUGGAUGGGUGGUUGUGUGGCUCUAUGCCUGUGGGGAUGGGUGGUUGUGUGGCUCUAUGCCUGUGGGGAUGGGUGGUUGUGUGGCUCUAUGCCUGUGUGGAUGGGUGGUUGCGCGGCUCUAUGCCUGUGUGGAUGGGUGGUUGCGCGGCUCUAUGCCUGUGUGGAUGGGUGGUUGCGUGGCUCUAUGCCUGUGUGGAUGGGUGGUUGCGUGGCUCUAUGCCUGUGUGGAUGGGUGGUUGCGCGGCUCUAUGCCUGUGUGGAUGGGUGGUUGCGUGGCUCUAUGCCUGUGUGGAUGGGUGGUUGUGUGGCUCUAUGCCUGUGUGGAUGGGUGGUUGCGCGGCUCUAUGCCUGUGUGGAUGGUUGGUUGUGUGGCUCUAUGCCUGUGUGGAUGGGUGGUUGUGUGGCUCUAUGCCUGUGUGGAUGGUUGGUUGUGUGGCUCUAUGCCUGUGUGGAUGGGUGGUUGCGUGGCUCUAUGCCUGUGUGGAUGGGUGGUUGUGUGGCUCUAUGCCUGUGUGGAUGGGUGGUUGA